AACGCCAGUUGACAUUUCUGAAAGAUGGCUGAGGCCGCCUUUUCGGAUGAUGGAAAAUAUUAUUCCGCAAUAAGUCAAGAUGGUAGAUUAAGGAUAUGGGAUACGGAGACGAAUGUGCUAAAGCAGGAGUAUACCCCAGAUAAUCAUUUAACUUCACCUCCCUCUUGUUUACAGUGGAUAAACGUUAGCACAUCAAACAGUCCACGAAAAGGGAGAAGAAAAUCCAUAAGCGAGCAAGAAUCGUCAUGUAUAGCCCUAGGAACAACCAACGGUGUAAUCCUAGUCUACUCAAUCGCACAAGCAAAAGUAGAAUCGGUUUUAACCGGCCAGAAAAACUCAAAUGUACAUAAGAAAGUGCAAUGCUUAGAUUGGCAUAGAAAAUAUGGUUUAAUCAGUUGUACAAGUAGUUAUGUUGUUGAAUGGGACUUGUCCACGGCGAAUGUGAAGAACACACAUAAUGUAAAUAUUAACAGUAAGAAACAGGGAGAUAGUGUUAGCGCCAUCAAAAUUGUGCCACAUAAUCAUAACACAACAUCAAGAUUUGUAAUAACGGCGUCCUCACAAAUAAGGUUAUGGAGGCUAGACGAUGCAGAGGCAACGGUGGUCAAAUGUUUUGGCCACAAUGCAUCUCCAAAGGCACUGCUCACUCUGGCCACUAUUAAUAAAUCAUGCUGGCUAAUAGAGGGAUCACAAAAUGAACGGCUACUAUCCUUCUGGGACGUCACAAUCACUGAUGAUGCCCUUCCCCAACAGAACGGUGAAGAGGAGACGCCGAGUAAACGGCAAAGGAAGAAGUCCAUAAGCGCUCCCACUGUACCCACACCGACAUACAACUUUGUGCUAGAAGACGCUCCGAGAAUUAUCGAUGCAGAGUUACAGACGGAGGAUAGCACAACUAGAUUGAGAUUAGCGGCGUGCACGAGGAGCGGAGUCAUACAUUAUUAUGGACAUAAUAUUAAUGGCGCCACCACCAAACCCAUCAAACCGUCCGUCACGAUCCACGUGACGACCGCUGAUGCUACACCACUCCAGCUGAGCUGCUGCAGGCUGCCACCAGCGGGGGACCUGGUGAUAGGAUACAGCAGCGGACCUAGCGUGCUGUUUGAGAAAGUGGUGCCAGACCUCAAAACUAAAACCCAAGUUCUCAUCCGAGGGCAGGGGAAAGCCAAGAAAAAACAAAACAUAGAAGCUAAGUCGAAAGAGAAGACGAGUAACACCGUCACGUACGUGGAGCCGAUGGGUGGUGUGAAUAGGAAGCGAGCGACGCCGGGAGGCAACGUAGAAGUAUCUAUGGAGUCUCGACUGGCGAACCUGUCUAUUGACAUCAAGAGUCGCAGCAAGUCUGCGGUCAGUCAGAAUCUGACCAAGCUGCUCGUGCAGGGUCUACAUUCCAAGGAUAAGAAUAUAAUCCUAACGGUGCUGCAACACGACGACCCGUUAGUCGCUUCUCGCACCGUGUCAGCAUUGCCCGCAGACUAUGUGCCCAUUUUGUUAGAGCAGUUGGCCGAUAUGGCGACUAGGAAGACUAGCCAAUGUGCCGCAGUGUGCACGUGGGCUCGAGCUCUAACCCGCGCGCACGCGGCGCUGCUACUGGCGAGCGGCGCGCGCGCAGGACAGCCGCUCGCUAAACUCCUAACUAUAUUGACGCACAGGAGAUCACAUCUAUGUCAGCUGCUAAACCUAAAGGGGCGGAUUGAGCUGACUCUGUCACAGAAAACCAACACAGAGACGGAUGUGGAGCAUCAACCUGUGCUGCAGUAUAAUGAUUCAUCAUCAGACGAAGAAAUGGAGAUCGAGAGGUAUCAAUCGGAGAGCGAACAGUCGUGGGGUGAUGAUCAUGACGUCGAUGACGUUGACGGCGACGUGAACGACGGAAAUGACGUUGAUGACGUGAAUGACGGAAAUGACAGUGAUGAUGACAGCGAACACAGUGAGAUGUCAGAUUAAACUAUUCGUAUAAUAAGCUGUUUUAUUUGU